CAUAAAAAUGAAACACAGGGGCAGAGAUCAGGAUUCAUUCAUCUGAGGUCACUAUUAUACCUCCCACAGGAGGCUGAAAUUUCAGCUUUCAUUCCCUGCUUCAACACGCUUCCUGGUCAGCCUGUUCCCCCUACCAUGCCCAAAUGCAGCUUUAGCACAAUUAGUUGUAGAUAAUUAGGUGGAAUGUUUUAAGGUUUCCCUGUUAAUGGAUGGAUAGGAGCAGUAGGUCCUGUAAUUAUAUCUAGGGCAAAGUGCUGUUAUUAAAUGGAGAAAAUCAUCAUGGCAUGAAAUGGAUUUCAGUAUUGCCUCAUUUGAUCAGAGACACAAUCCGAUAGAUAUAGACAGACAGACAGAGAGGUGGAGGGAUAGAUAGAUAGAUAGAUAGAUAGAUAGAUAGAUAGAUAGAUAGAUAGAUAGAUAGACAGACAGGCAGAAUGACAGACAGGUGGAGGGAUAGAUAGACAGACACACAGAUUGAUAGAUGGAUCUACACUCUAUCUAUGUUUGUUUGCUUGUUUCAAUCCUCCUCCUGUCCUGUACAGUGUUACCUUACUCUCUUAUUAAUUCUGUCUCAUCAUUUUCCAUCUGUCCUCUCUCUCUCGUCUCUGUAAACAGCACCAGUAAUUAUGAGAAAUGAACAAAUGACCGUUGUACUAAUAGAGUUUCAUUAUGUUAAUAUGCUAUAUGCCGCGGGGUGUAUAAAAGACGGAAUGUCCCUCAUUCAGACACACACCUGCAGCAAACCUGUUAUUUGAAGGUUACAGACUGUCUCUUUUUUUCUCGAAUUCAUUUAUUUCUUUUAAUAAAUAUUUAUAAACAGCAUCUGUCCUCUUAUAAGAUGCAGACAAGUUGUGCUUUACUCUGUAUCUCACUCUGUGUCUUCACUGCACAUAUGUCAAGGAUCCAUGGCAUGACCCUCAAGUAUCCAGAAAAGAAGGGAUGGACUCUGAACAGUGCUGGGUACCUACUAGGACCUUAUGCUUAUAGAAGUCUUAAUGUAAGACACAGAGCUACGGGAAAAAGAGACAUGUGGAAUGAGAGUUCAAGCUUACCAGCAUCUUCAUACAAUGAUUCCUAUCUUCUCUCACUGCUAGGUCAUCUGGCAUAUCUGCAAUUAAAAGAGAUGGGAAUGACUGAAGAUUUCAGUGGCUCUUUAAUGAGUGGCCAUAUGAAGCAAUAACAAUAUUUCUCUGUUUUACUGCUAUUCAACUGUUGCUCUCUACUGUUUUGCAUUUGAUCCUUUUUUUUAUCAUUAUUUUUAUAUGUGUUAACCAGUAGUUCAAACUGGUCAAAUGUGUAGGCUAAUAUUUCAUGAAUCAUGCAAAUUUGACUCUUCUCGCCACUUUACCAGUGAACUAAUUGUUGGUGCAUAAUUAUCUGCUUCAGAGUUCAAAUAAAGUACUUCAUGACAAAUAUUUUCAAAAACCUUUAACGUUUAGACUACUCCAUUUAAAAAAGGAAAUUGAAGUAAUCAUGUUGCAGCGAUUUGACACAGUAAGAGAAUAAUGAAAAAAAUGUGACCAACUUUUUUUUGUGUAUAUGGCUACGAAGUGAAUCUGCACUGUAUUGUAAAAAAAAAA